AACGUGGAAAUAGCCGCUGUGGCGGAGGCCGGAGCUGUCGUGGAAUUGGAUGAGUUGAAAAAGAGGUUGAAGGAAAUGGAAGACGAGGUAGUGGUGCUCCGUGAAAUGCAGGCCAAAGUUCUGAUGGAAAUGUGUGCUGUUCACGACCCUUCUACUGCUACAAGGCAAUCGAAUAGGGUGCAAGUGGAUUCUCGUUCUGUCUUUGUUGGCAAUGUGGAAUAUUCAUGCACCCCUGAGGAAGCGCCGCAGCAUUUCCAGGCAUGCUGUACGGUAAAUAGAGUUACUACCCAUACUAAUAAGUUUGGGCAACCAAAGGGAUAUGCCUACGUUGAAUUUCUUGAACAAGAAGCUGUUCAAGAGGCCCUUCUUCUGUAUGAGUCCGAGCUUUAUGGCCGCUAACUAAAGGUAUCAGCAAAAUGAACUAAUAUUCCUAGCAUGAAGCAUUUCCGUCCACGAUGUCCUAAUCCUUUUUUCUAUACUCCUUAUGGAUAUGGGAAGGUUCCUAGGUUCAGGGCACCAAUGCGUUACAGUCCUUAUUUACGAGGGUUUGGUUUUACCAUAUAA